UUCUCGGGCAGCUGCGGGUUUUUGUCGCGGCUCUCUCGCUCAGUCAGUCAGUCCGCCUGUCUGCCUGUCUGCCUGCUGACAACAGGGUGGAAACAUCUCCGGAUUACAGUCAGGACUGCCUGUGUGGACUAACGCUCUACCUAAAAGAAGUUUUAAGUUAUUAAGCGGACAUUUUUUCGUCUUUUUCACAACUGUUCCUAUACAAGUUGGACAUUAUGAAGUUCUCUGGAGUUUUUCUUCUCGCCCAUGUUCUCGCAGCAUUCGCUCUGGUGAGCUGUGCAUCAAUAGACAGGUAUGAGAGCGAGAAGCCCGCACAAGCAACCGUGAUUCACCUGUUACGUACGUCUGAGGCGCAGAACGAGAAACGGCCUGUCGAGGACAGCAAGCUCACGGAUUACAACGGGGAGGAGGAUCCGGAGUAUUACUAUGAUGAUGAAGAAGACGAAUACGAUUUGUCGGGGGAUUACGAGAUGCCCCAAGUUGCAUUUUCAAGCAAACCUAAAGACCCCAGCACUGUUCUGAAUGCGGAGAGGCCUGAAGAUACUGAGAGAAAGGGAAAAGGCAAGAAGAAGGGAAAAGGCAAGAAGAGAAACCCAUGCUUGAAGAAAUAUAAGGACUUCUGCAUCCAUGGAACGUGCCAGUACCUGAAGAAGAUUGGCCCUUCAUGCAUAUGCAACCCGGGUUACUCAGGGGAGAGAUGUCACUCUUUCUCACUGCCUGUAUGGAAUCCUGAGGGAGGUUACAACCGCACGACGGCCCUCGCCGUGGUGGCCGUAGUGCUGUCCUCGCUGUGUCUCACCAUCAUCGGCCUCCUGUUGGCUCUCAGGUUUCACAAGCGAGGCACGUAUGAUGUAGAGAAUGAGGAAAAGAUUAAACUUGAGGUAUCCCCGCACCACUAAGCCGCAGAUCAUGGAAGACCAUGCGGAAAUUCUACCUCAGAAUUAAAAAGGAGAAGUGAAAUGCCAAGAAGGAGAGCACAGUGUGCUAGAAAAGAAGGCUGCGUGGAAAAGCGAAGUCGUGCACUCUCUGUCGGAUAGUAUCCCUGCAUAUGGUUCGCUGCCAUGUUUCGGGAGAGAAUCCAACAUGAUUGUCAGGCUGGAAGUCAUAGGAUCGGCUCAUUGGAUCUACAUAAAGCACUGUAACAAUGUGGAGCAAGUGGGACCUUAGUAGUGACUUCAGAGUUGGCACUGCAGCCUCUGUUGGGACAUUCAUUGUCAUAAACGGACGUGUCCACAGUUUUAUUAUUUUUACCUUUUUUUAUCUCUUGUAAAUAUUGUUCGUGAGUGUCUUUUAAUUUAUUUAUUUAUAUUAUUAAUAUUUAUUUGGAUUUAUACCAAUAGUGUCCAACCCUGACCAUGUAUUUAAAAAAGAAAGGUUCUACAUAAUAUUUUUAUGUGUAAUAAUGCUAUUUAUUAAAAUGUCAAAAACUAAAAAACAUAGGGUAAUAUGGUACAACCUUGAAAUAAUUAUUUUAAUAUUUCACGGAUGUAUUAGAUGAGGCAUCAUGAAAUGUAUUCUCCCUCCAGACAGUGUUAAAUUCGCCCAGAAAUGAAUCAUUUCCUUUCAAAUAAAUGUUUAUAUUGAAAAAUGAGAACGUACAUGGCCAGUAAUGUGUUCAUGCUCUUGAUGCAGUCUGUUGCUUGAUUUGUGAAUGUGAAUUAAAUGACCUACCAAAAAACAAAA